AUGUUUGGGGACUUAUUUGACGAGGAUUUUUCCUUCAUUUCCAACAAUCACUGGGGAAAAGGGAAGACAUCAAAGCCCAGAGAGUGUGAACCUCCAGCUCCCAGGGAUUUCACCAACCUCAGUGGGAUCAAAAACCAGGGUGGGACCUGCUACCUCAAUUCCCUGCUGCAGACUCUACUUUUCACACCGGAAUUUAGAGAGGCCUUGUUUUCUCUGGGACCUGAGGAACUCGGGACUCUGGAUGACAGCAGGAAACCAGAUGCAAAGGUUCGAAUAAUUCCAUUGCAACUCCAGAGGCUGUUUGCUCAGCUCCUGCUCUUGGACCAACAGGCUGCAUCCACCACAGACCUCACCGAGAGCUUUGGCUGGAACAGCCAUGAGGAGAUGAGGCAACAUGAUGUGCAGGAGUUGAACAGGAUCCUGUUCAGUGCUCUGGAGACCUCCCUGGUGGGGACAUCAGGCCAUGACCUCAUCAACCGACUGUACCACGGGAUUGUUGUCAACCACAUCGUGUGCAAGGAGUGCAAGAAUGUCAGUGAGAGACAGGAAGAUUUCUUAGACCUCACAGUGGCAGUGAAAGGUGUUGCUGGCUUGGAGGAGGCCCUGUGGAACAUGUAUGUGGAAGAAGAGUACUUUGAAAAUGACAACUUGUAUCGGUGUGGAGCCUGUGAUAAACUUGUUGAAGCUUCAAAGUCUGCCAAGCUGCGGAAGCUGCCGCCGUUCCUCACCGUGUCCCUGCUGAGGUUCUACUUCGACUUUGAGAAGUGCGAGAGGUACAAGGAGACGAGCUGCUACACCUUCCCCCUGCACAUCGACCUGAGGCCUUUCUGUGAGCAGCCUGAAAUGGAUGAUUCAGAGUACAUGUAUGAGCUCUUCUCUGUUAUUAUACACAAAGGUGGCUGCUAUGGAGGACACUAUCAUGUUUAUAUCAGAGAUGUGGAUGAAUUAGGAAACUGGCAGCUACAGGAAGAAGAGGAAAAGCUGAUUGAUGAUAAGGCUGGAAGAGAUGCUGAAAAUUCCAAAGAAACUGAGAAUCCACUGGCAGUCUUAAAAGGGAUUUUAGCAGAGGAAGACUCGAAGCAAAUUCCCGUGGAUCAAUUAGGGCAGAAAUUAUUGGAGAAAAAAGGGGUGUCCUGGAAUAAGAAAUACAGAAAACAAUAUGGAGCGUUAAGAAAGUAUUUGCAGCAUCACCCCCAGGUCUUCCAGCUGAGCCCUGAUGCCAACAAGGUUGGCCUGAAGGAAGCCCACGAGCUCCUGGUGGAGCUGGAUUCUCCAGGCCAAGCUCUGCAGAGCCCUCCUCAGAGCAAUGGUGUCCCCUGGAACUCAGAGAAGAACCCCCCGAGGCCGAGGGCCACCUCUGCUGGUGGCCACUGGUUUGAUCUCAACGAUUCCAAAGUCCAGCCCAUCAAGGAGAAGGAUAUUGAGAAACAAUUCCAGGGUAAAGAGAGUGCCUACAUGCUGUUUUACCGAAAAUCCCAGUUGAAAAGACCUCCUGAAGCACGAGGAAAUCCGAGGUACCAAAUUCCUGAGCACCUCCUGGAUGAAAUGAAUGCUGCUAACACUGAGCUGCAAAAAAAGAGAGCUGAAUGUGACUCAGCCAACAAUGGCAUUGAUUUACAUCUCCAUCUGAGCUCCUGCUACAAAUUCCACAACGGGGCUUUGCAUCCCUCCCUCUCCUGGAAAGAGAGCGUGGUGGAUUUGACUACUGACAGGAGGAAAACCCUGGGAGACCUUCGCCAGGCAGUUUUCCAGAUGUUGGACUCCUGGGAAGGAGACAUGGUUCUGAGCCUGGCCAAGCCUUUACCAGCAGGAUUACAUCUCUACCAGAUGCUUGAUGGAGAUGAGCUGAGCCUGGACAGCAUUGGGGUGGCUGAUGGAACAGACAUCUUUGUGUGGAAUGGGAAAGAGGUGGGAGGCACCAGGGUGCUGGCGGGCGCCGAGCACGAGCCCGUGGUGCUGAACGUGCUGCGCCUGGCCGGGCACAACGAGGGAGGCAAGGGCCAGCACUUCACCGAGGCCCAGCACACCUUCUCCUGCAGCACCAGCCUGGGGGACCUGCACAGAGCCCUGGCUCCCUCGGGAGGAAUCGUCCUCAGGAACAACUCUGGAGAAGAGAAAGAAGCCAAGAGCUGGGAAGUUUUCCGCGAGGAAGACAUGGAGGAAACGAUCCGAAGCGUUGGUCUGAGGGACGGGUGCUCAGUGCUCAUCUUGGACAGCCACGACCAGAGCUUUGUGAACAUUUCCAGUGGCAAUCUGACAGCCUUUACCUGUGACAUCAGCUGGCUCCAAGUGAAGAACUUCUGUGGGGCAGAAGAUGAAGAGAACCAAGUUAAAAUUACUGCCACUAUUGAAACAGUGAUGUCAGAUAUCAAAAUGAAAGCAAUAAGGGAGCUUCACCUGGAGGAGGAACUUGCAAAUGAGAGCUGUCUUAGACCUGUUAGUGGGAACGGGAAACUUCUGUCUCCAGUGCCUGAGGAUUACACUGUCAAGGAAGCAGAACUGAAGAUGGGAAGCUUGCUUGGGUUGUGCCAUGGGAAAGCUCCAACUUCCACUCAGCUCUUCCUGUACUUUAUGGUUGGGAGCGACCCAAACUCGAGCCCCGAGAUGGAGAUAGUUGUGGAGGAGACUGCCUCUGUUGGACAGUGUCUCAAUUUAAUGCUGCAGAAAUGUGGAUUAUCAGGUGAUAACUGGCAUUUGAGAAGGCUUGACUGGUGCUAUGAAGCAGGGGAAGCACUAAGUCAGGAAAAUGCCACCCUGAAGGAACUCAAUGUGUGCAGAGGAGACACUUUGGUCAUAACGGAAGGAAAACUUCCAGAAAAGGGUUUCCUGAAAAUUCCCAUCUGGUGGCUCAGACCUUCAAGCCGUAAGAAACAUGGAGAGAAUGCUCAGGACCAAGUGAAUGGGCUGGCCUGCCAGAUGGAAGCUUUGCAGGUGUCUGCUGGGACAGCUUCCCCAGAAGCCACCCACCCAGCCAUGGAGCUUUGUUACGCUGGCAGGAUAGAGAUAGCAGGAGAAGCUUCUCUGGAGGAGCUGAAGCUGCAGGCCCUGACCUUGCCAUGCUGCCAGGAGCAGGUUGUGCCCCUGCCCUCGUUCCUCAGGGCAUGGACAGUGGACAGCAAACGCCCUGGAAAGCUCCUGAGGAACAACAAGCAGAGACUCAAUGACUACAAGUUGGGUGCCAGCGUGGGAAUCUGCAUAGAACCUCUGCAAAAAGAAGAGAAUUUGGGCCCCCAUGAGCUGCUGCUGCGAGUCCAAAUGGGAAUUCCAGGAGAAAGGGACUACUCUGACUGCAGGGAUUUGGUGUGGGAUAUCUCCAAGGAAUGCACCACCUGGGCACUGAGGCAGAGAGUGGCCUCUCACUACUGUCUCCCUGUAGAGAAAAUCGAAAUAGCCAAAUACUUCCCGGAGAGAUUCGAGUGGCUGCCAAUAUCCAGCUGGACACAGCAAAUUUCCAAGAGGAAAAGGAGGAAAAAGCAGGAGAGUUUGCAGUCAGCACCUUAUCACCUGAGGGAUGGAGACAUCAUUGGGGUGAAGAACCUUCUCCUUGAUGACACCAAGGACUUCAGCACCGUGAGAGAUGACAUUGGGAAAGAGAAACAAAGGCAGCUGGCCCUGGAAAAAAAGAAAAGUCGCCAAGCCAGGAGUGUCCAGGAGCCCUUUUUCCUGGAGGAGAAGCUGCCCACAAAGCCCCGGAAACCAGAAGUGGCUCUUUCCAUCAAUGUGGGGGUUUUCAGAUAGCACAGGAGGGGCUUUGCUCACCACAACACACUGUAUGCAUCUGCCUACAUGGAGCAGCCAGAGGGGCUUUCCCAAAGUGCCCUCAAGAAUCUCGGAGCCAAACUGGGGGUAGGAUUCAGGAUAACUCGGACUUUUCUCUGCUCUCUCUCGGGGAAGUGCUUUAGUGUCCCUUUCUCCACGUGGUACCUACUCUCAGGCUGGGUAAAUGCACUUUAUCUAGGAGGAAAUGGAGUAAUAUAUUCAAUAAUAUUGCUGACUCUUUUGUAUUCUCCCUAAAUGGAUUCUUUUGGGGGCAGGUCUGACACGUUGCACCAUCACUACUGAGUUUUAAUCCGGUCAGAAUCAUCUCUCUGUAGAAUGUUUUUUUCCCCAUCCCUCAUCACUGAAGUUACUGCCAGUACCAGAAUUUGCUUUUCUCUCUUUAUGUGUAAACCUGAGUCUGUAGGAGCUGGAGCCAGACUUUUGAGGAAUGAAGGAAACAUGGAAAUCUCUGAACAAAGCGUACAAAAUGGGCUGAAAAAAGGGCAAAUUCGGGGUCUGUCAAGAUGUAGAACCCAGAGGGCUUCUGUGACCUGGAACAAGAGUGUGGUACUGUUACAUUUUGAAGUUUCUAGGGCUUUUUUUUUUGUUGCCACUAAAUUGAAUUUUGCAGUUCCUAGGACUUUUUUGUUGUCCAUGAGUUUCAUUAA